GAAAGCCUGCAACAGAAGGGAGAGAAGCGGCCCCAAGUGCAGCUGAAAGCACUCCUUGGGAGUCAGCCAAGACCCUCCAUCCAAGCAGGGCUGGAUCCUUGCACUUGGCCAUGAUAAGGAGAUGCUUCCAGGUGGCAGCAAGACUUGGCCACCACAGAGGCCUUCUUGAGGCCCCCCGUAUCCUGCCCAGACUCAACCCUGCCUCAGCAUUUGGAUCCUCCACAGACUCCAAGUUCUCAAGAUUCUUGCCAGAGAAGACAGACUUGAAGGAUUAUGCUCUUCCCAAUGCCAGCUGGUGUUCGGACAUGCUGAGCCUGUACCAAGAAUUUCUGGAGAAGACUAAGUCUAGCGGCUGGAUCAAGCUGCCCUCCUUCAAGUCCAACAGAGACCACAUCCAGGGACUCAAGCUCCCAUCUGGACUGGCAGUUUCCUCAGACAAAGGUGACUGUCGCAUCUUCACCAGGUGCAUCCAAGUGGAAGGACAAGGCUUUGAGUAUGUCAUCUUUUUCCAGCCAACCCAGAAGAAGUCGGUCUGUCUUUUCCAACCAGGCCCCUACCUGGAGGGGCCCCCAGGGUUUGCUCACGGCGGGUCCCUGGCAGCCAUGAUGGACGAGACCUUUUCUAAAACUGCCUUCCUGGCUGGAGAGGGGCUGUUCACACUAAGUCUCAACAUCAGGUUCAAAAACUUGAUCCCCGUGGGCUCUCUGGUUGUAAUGGACGUAGAAGUGGACAAGAUUGAGGACCAGAAGCUUUACAUGUCCUGCAUCGCCCACAGCAGAGACCAGCAGACAGUUUAUGCCAAGUCCUCAGGUGUUUUCCUUCAGCUGCAGUUGGAAGAAGAGUCUCCCCAGUAACAGUCACUGUGCCUGCAGGAGAGCCACUGCCUCCCCUGCCUGCCUCCUGCCUCCUGCCUCCCCUGCCUGCCUGGGA